AUGGCACAGUUUGAAAUCAAAAAAGAUCCUGGUGAUCUAGAGUCUUCCAUCCAAGGCUCGACAAAAGAGGCUAUUGAAAUUGGGGCCACACCUGUCCUCGCAAAGAGUUUCAAUCUUUUCAGUGCUUGCGCGACUGGAGUCACUACCGGAAAUGCUUGGGCGGUUCUGGGAGGCGGAAUUAUUGCCUCUCUCUACAACGGCGGACCACCUGGGAUAAUAUAUGAGUUCGCUACUGCUUCCUUUUUCUAUUGCUUCAUUGCCGCAUCAAUUGCCGAGCUCGCUUCUGCCAUUCCAGCAUCUGGAGGAGUCUAUCACUGGGCGACUAUCACCGCUGGUCCUCGUUAUGGCAGAAUGUGUGGCUGGUUCGCAGGAUGGCUGAAUGGCCUUGCGUGGACAUUCGCUGUAGCAGGAAACUGUUCUAUGACUGGAAGCAUGAUUGUCUAUUCAUACGCACUCUAUCAUCCAGAGGUAAAACCGCAGCGCUGGCAUGUUUUUGUUUGCUAUUUGAUCAUCUCCUGGCUAUGUUGUCUUACUGUCAUGUUCUGCCAAAGAGCUCUCCCGCUCAUCAGCAGAAUCGGAUCAUUCUUCAUUGUUGUCGGGUUCAGUAUCACGGUCUUAGUCUGUGCUGUUAUGCCGAGUCAGAAUGGAGCAGGAUAUGCAUCGAACUCAUUUGUCUGGAAGGACUGGAACAACAUCACCGGUUACCCGGACGGAUUCACAUUCCUCGCAGGCAUGUUGAAUGGGGCAUUCGCAAUCGGGGCCAUUGACUGCGUCACUCAUAUCGCCGAAGAAAUCCCCGAUGCAAGACGAAAUAUCCCAAGAGCACUUGCUUGCCAAGUGACAAUCGGCUUUGCGACUGGCUUUUGUUAUUUAAUCUCUAUGUUCUAUGCUGUCACCGAUCUGCCACUAAUUGUGAACGCCGAUUCCAUCUCUCCCCUGGGUGAUAUAUACUUGCAAGCAACUGGCUCCCGAGCGGGUGCUGUGGGGCUUCUUACUCUCACGAUCGUACCCAUCUUCUGUGCAACGAUCGGAUGCUAUAUUACCGCAGGAAGGACAUUUUAUGUCUUGGGUCGCGACGACGCAACCCCGCUUUCCAAACAUAUUGGCGCCAUCAGUCCGACAUGGAAUAGCCCAUUGUAUGCCACUUUGGCAUGUGGGGUGUUUCUGACAUGUGUCGGGGCAAUUUAUGUGGGAUCAUACACUGCAUUUGAGGCUUUCAUCGGGUCAUUUGUGCUUCUCACGACAAUCUCUUACUUCCUUGCUAUAUUCCCACAUUUGAUAACAGGGCGCAAAAACAUCCGCCCUGGUCCAUUUUGGAUGGGGAAAGUUGGUUCUAUUGUCAAUUCUGUCGCGUGCAUGUACAUUGCCGUCUCGUUUGUGAUUUACUGCUUCCCUUAUGCCCUGCCAACAUCUCCGGAAGAGAUGAAUUAUACUAGUGUGAUCACAUGUGGAUUGACCUUGCUGGUGGCGUUGUGGUGGAUAUUGCAUGGACGAGGGAACUAUACGGGACCACAGGUGGAUUUGCAUUGA